AUGGCGGAAGAGACAGAAACAGCGAAUGAAGAGGUGAAUAAUAACAAUAACAAUAAUAAUAAUAAUAAUAAUAAUAACAAUAACAGAAAUGAAGCUUCUAGAAGAAACAAUAAUAAUAAAAAGUACGCCAUAGCCAUCUCCAUUCUGGCUUCCAUGACCUCCGUCUUGGUCGGCUACGACGGCGGCGUGAUGAGCGGCGCCGCCAUCUACAUCAAGAAGGACCUCCGCCUCUCCGACGUCCAAAUCGAGAUCCUCGUCGGCAUGAUCAACAUAUACUCCCUCAUCGGAGCCGCCAUCGCCGGCAGGACCUCCGACUGGAUCGGCCGCCGCCGCACCAUCGUCGUCGCCGCCGGAAUAUUCUUCGCCGGAGCCGUCCUGAUGGGGUUCGCCACCAGCUACGCCUCCCUGAUGGCGGGGCGGUUCGUCGCCGGCGUCGGUAUGGGAUACGCGCUCAUGAUUGCUCCGGUCUUCGCCGCCGAGAUCGCGCCGGCGUCGUUCCGCGGCUUCCUCACCUCCUUCCCGGAGGUCUUCAUCAAUUUUGGUAUUUUGCUGGGUUACAUAUCAAAUUACGCCUUCGCCAGGCUACCGUUGAAGCUCGCCUGGCGGAUGAUGCUCGGCAUAGGCGCCGUCCCGUCGCUGCUCCUCGCCGUCGGGGUACUUUUCAUGCCCGAAUCACCUCGUUGGCUUGUCCUGCAGGGCCGCCUCGCCGACGCCAAGAAAGUGCUCGACGACACGUCCGACUCGCCGCAAGAGGCGCAAUUACGACUCGCCGAUAUCGAACAAGCCGCCGGAAUCUCACAAGACUGCACCAAUGAUGACAUCGUUACGGUGCCCCGACGCGACCACGAUGGCGUCUGGAAGGAGUUGUUCCUCCACCCGACGCUCCCCGUCCGCCACGUUCUCCUCGCCGGCGUCGGCAUCCACUUCUUCCAUCAAGCGAGCGGCAUCGACGCGGUGGUGAUGUACUCCCCGAGGAUAUACGAGAAGGCCGGGAUCAAGAACGAUUCCGACGAGCUCCUCGUGACGAUAGCAGUCGGGAUUAGCAAGACGUUGUUCGUCCUCGUGGCUACGUUUCUAGUCGACCGGGUAGGUCGCCGGGUUCUGCUCCUCGCAAGCUGCGGUGGGUUGGCGGCGUCGCAGUUCGUACUCGCCGCCGGGUUGACAGCGAUCGACCGUUCCGGCGACGAGAAGGCCACAUGGGCCGCAGCGAUAUGCGUGGCCAUGACGUUGUCCUGCGUCGCGUUCUUUUCGAUUGGGAUGGGACCGAUCGCGUGGGUGUAUAGCUCCGAAGUGUUUCCGUUGAGGCUGCGGGCGCAAGGCUGCAGCGUCGGGGUUGCGGUGAACCGGCUAAUGAGCGGGGCGGUGCUGAUGACGUUCAUUUCGUUGUACGAGGCGAUCGGCAUCGGCGGGGCGUUCUAUCUGUACGCGGGCGUCACCGUUUUGGCGUGGGUUUUCUUCUACGCGCUGCUGCCGGAGACUCGGGGGAAGACGUUGGAGGAAAUGGAGGCUUUGUUUGGGACAUUCUUUGGCUGGAGAGCUACUGUGAAGGAGCUGAAGAGGAAGAAGACACUGGAGGGAAACCUGCAAUGAAGGUUCUAUAUUCACUAUCAUUAGUAGUAAAAACAUUAGGUAUGUAAUAACAGCUCCAUUGGCAUUCUCGAGCAUAGUUAGAACAUAUAUCGAAUGACUGAACAUACGUAAUUGCCGUUAGAACAUAU